AAAAACAACGAUCGUUGUCAAAAACAAGAAAAUCCGUCGCCAAAAAUGAUAAAACGCCAUUUUGCAUGUGCCGGAUACAUUUUUGUUUGAAGAAUAAUGUUAUCGUUGGUGGAAAAACAGUGAAUCUGUAAAGAAACAGGAAGAAAAGUUAAAAUACGAGUACAUUAUGGUCUAACCGGUAGGACUGCGUUGGGUUUGAUAGAGAUCCUGCGGUAUACGCCGUACAAAGUGCUCCUGGAGCCGUAGAUAAGAAAAAUUGGAGCUUACGAGGAUUUUUCAUUUCUACGAGUGAAAGUGUUCGGGAAAAAGGAAUAUCAGUGAAACUGUGAAGAAUCGACCGAUAUCAAGAUGAUGUUUACGAGUGGAUAUCGUGGCAGUCAUAAGGGCACAAACCAACAGCAGGAUACUCGCUUCAGCGACAAGGAGAAAAAGCUGCUGAAACAAAUGAAGUUCGGAGAUAAUCUGAACAAACGUGUGGACAUGUCCAAGGUCAAGUUGGAUGUGCUGCGUCCAUGGAUCAGCAAAAAAAUCACCGACAUGCUCAACAUAGAAGACGACGUCAUUGUAGAAUUUGUCUACAAUCAGCUAGAGGAAGAAAAGUACCCAUGUCCGAAAAAGAUGCAAAUCAACAUGACCGGAUUUUUGAAUGGAAAAAAUGCUCGGGUGUUCAUGGAAGAUCUUUGGACAUUGCUAUUGUCUGCCCAGGAAUCAGACUCUGGGAUUCCAGCAGAAUUCAUAGAGCAGAAAAAAGAUGAAAUAAUGAAGAGGGAAGAGGAUUCCAAGCAUUUGGAUGACUCGCGAUCUCGAAGGUCUCGCAGUAGGGGAGGCAGUCGGGAUAGAGACGAUCACAAAAGAUCGAAGAAAGAGGUUCGCCCCAUGUACAAGCCAGAACCGGAAUACAUGGAUGAAGAAGAAAAAAUGAUUGAGGAUUUCAUAGAAGCCGAUGUUCCUAUUUCCAAAGAGAAAGAACCGAAAAAAGUGACGGAAGAAGUAAAGGUUCCUGUUGUGAAAAAUCCAUCACCGGAACGAAAUGCAAAGAGCUCACCGGAAAAAUCUAAAGAAACUCACAAACCGGAAAACUCAAUCGAUAAAGGUCGACGCAAGUCUCGUGAUCGUUCGCGCUCCCGUGAUCGACGUCGAUCUCGCGAUCGGCGCUCAUCGAGAGACCGAAAAUCGUCUCGCGAUCGGAAAUCGUCGCGAGACAGACGUCGAUCGCGUUCGGCACGACGCUCAUCGGAUCGCAACAAGAAGCGCAGCCGCUCGCCGAGGGACAAGCGAGAACGCGAAGGACGCACCCGAGACGAUCGUAAGCGUUCGCGGAGCACAUCUCGUGCCAAAAAACCCUCGGUUAACGAGAAAUCUGUUGACAAUGGCGCAAUUUCGAAACUUCAAUCAAAGUUAAUGAACAUGGCUGAGGGAAAAAAGGUUUCUCCGGUAGCCAAACGUCGAAGCCGUACACGUUCAACGUCCAGAUCCAGGUCUAGGUCUCGCUCCGUCAGCAAGAAGAAGAGUGUAAGCCGUUCCCGUUCAAGGUCUAGAUCCAGGUCAAAGUCUAAUAGACCUAAAAAGGGUAGGAAGUCGCGUUCUCGUUCACGUCGUUCCCACAGCUCGGAUUCAUCUCGCUCAUCUUCUAGCAGUCGCAGUGGGGAUAGAAAGAAGAAAUCAGGAGGUGGUGCCAAGAAACGCAACGGUAAAAGCAGGAGCCGUAGCCGAAGAAGCAGUCGUAGCCGUAGCCGUCGUGAUACAUCACGUUCGCGAUCAAGGUCGCGUAGCAGCCGUUCGUCUUCACGUCCUACCAAGAAGGAUGAUUUUGAGAUACAGAAGAAGGAAAACAGCAUCCAAAAAAAGCGUCACUACCGAUCGAAUAAGGAUUCAUCCGCAUCGGAUUCAGACCGCGGUGGUCGUGGUUCAAACAGAAAAGGAGAGCGUGUUGGAAGAGAUCGUCGAUCCCGUUCUCGUGGCAGACGCGAUGGUUCGCGGAACCGAAAAGAUCGGUCACGAUCUCGGCAUCGCUCAAGGUCUCGUAACAGAUCCCGUUCGAGGAAUCGAUCCCGCUCACCAAGACGCUGGUCUCGAUCACCAAGAGGAGGGAGACGAAACGAAGGACGAAAUAAUCGCGGUAAAUAUAGCGGCAGCGGAGCUGGAAGCGUUAGUCGUAAUGCCAGCGGAAACGAUAGCGGUGCCAGUCGCCGCCGUUCACCCACCCGCGGAGGUCGUGGCGCCGGCGGUGGUGGCGGGAGUAAUAGUAGUGGGAACUUCGCACCGUCAAGGCGUGGUGAGAGCUCACCGUCGCGUGACUACAACCACGGGAAUAGACGCUCUUCAAGAGAGCGCCAAGGUAAUCAAUGGCGUCGAUCCGACGAACAACCUGCUACUGCGAGGGCACCUAUGGGCCCGCCGGCGUCUAGAUUCGAUGAUAGACGAGGUAGCAAUACUCGUCCUAAUACUGCUAAUAGCAACAGUAACAGUAAUAGGGAUAAUAGCCGUGAACAGUCUGAUGUUAGGCGAAGACCAGUCGAGAACCGUGGUAAUUGGGAUAAUGAUAGAAAAGGAUCGUUGAACAUGAGUGAGGAAGAUAUGACCUUAGACGUAGGUGAGUUCUGGGAUGACGGUGGAAGUGCACCAAUCUUGUCCGAAAUUAAACCUACGAAGGAAAAGAAACCUGUUGUUGAAGUUGAAGAGAGUAGAAAAUCGUCGAAAAAGCAUGAAGCGCCAAGACGGGUUGAACCACCUAAGAAGGAAGUAAUCAAAGCUGAAGAGAAGAAACCUAUUAUUAAAGCCAGAUAUAGUAGAAGCUUAUCGCGAACUCCUUCGCCAUUCCUGAAACCUCAUGAACGAGCAGCUGUAGCAACCACCAACAUUGGAAAUGUUCCGAAUAGCGUCACUAUUGUUGCUAACGUUGCCACACAGAAAGAGGAUAAACCUGCGUCAAAACCAGCAAUGCCAUCUAAGGCCAAGGUUAAAGCUAGCAGCAACAAAAAAGAUUCUAGCGAUAGCGAAACCACUGACAGCAGCAGUGAAUCCGAAGAAGAAGAAAAAACCUCACGAAAGAAAAAGAUAAAAAAGAAGCAAUCUAAAAAACGUAGACGUUCGUCAUCUUCCAGUGAGGAUGAUUCUUCCGACGAGAGUGACAAAGAUGAAGAGCCACCAAAGAAACCUACCAAACAGGAUUUGGCAGCAGCAGCUCUCCAAGAAGAACGUCGGAAGAAUGCUUUGAAACUAGAAAAGGAGAAAGAAGCGGCAGCGGCGGCAGCUGCUGCAGCAGCCGCGGCCGCUGCCGCAAAUGCGGCUGCUGCUGCUGCCGCAGCAAAAGCCAGAGAAGAAAACAAUAAGCGUAAAAGAACGAUAAGCUCGGAAUCCAAGAACACUGAAGAGAAAAAAGUAAUACCGAAAGAAAGUAAAGCAAAGAAAAUAGAGAAAGCUCCUUCCUCAUCAUCGAGUGAUUCGGAAACUGAACGAUCGAAGAAGAAACGACGUAAAGACAAGAAAAAACGGGAUGCUUCAGACGGUAGCUCAUCGGACUCCGAUAGUGUAAAGAAGAAAAAGCAUAAGAAACACAAGAAACAUGCGAAAAAGCAUAAGAAGCACAAGAAACAUAAGAAGAGCAAGGGCAAGCAACGUGAUAGUAGUUCCUCCUCGGAUGAUGAUGAUGACGAUCUACGUGGCGGAGGACCCAUCAUAAAUGAUGAUUUAGAAAAACAGUUACGGGAGAGAGCUCUCAAAUCAAUGAAAAAACAACAGAGCAAUUCAGAUUGAGACACUUAUUAAUGGAAACAUGUUUUAUCGCAUUAAGGAAAAAUUUUACGUUUAAUUUGCGUAAAUUUUAGGAUACAAAACAAUAUUGUAAUUGUUUCAUAAGUCCCUACUAUAUUAAGUUGAGUGAACUGCCCCUCAAAUCACAUAAUUGUAAUAUCAAUUAAAAACAAAUAAUGCUAAUAAUUUUAUCGCAUUUUUUCCAAUAUCCGAUUGAGUAUAAUUCAUUUCACCAUUGACAAAAUAAGUAUCUCAUUAGAUAUUUAUCACGUUCUUGUUAAUUUGGUUUCAUUUUUCUUUUUUUAAAUUAAAUGUGCGUAAUUACCUGUGUAUUUAAUACUGAUUUGGCAUAUUUGUAAAACAACAUAAAAUAUUACUGAUUCAGCUUACUGUUGGAGUAAACUAUCUAGAAUCUGUAUUAGUCAUCAAGUAAAAAAAAAACUACUGCAUAAAUUUAUUGUAUUGCAGAUCACAAGCGUUAUGAAGCAUAUUGAGAAGUCCUAUAAAUAAAAGUGCAGAAGAAACAUA